AGAAUUGAGAACCCAAUCAACCCAAUUUUUAUUACUCUGAUCCUUUUUUUAUUAUAUACUUGCUCCAUUUUCUCUCCAACUGAACUGCUCACCCCACUUCCCUUCUCCUUUCUCCGCUCUUGUUCUUAAGAGCUUGUUUUCCUCCAUUUUACUGAAAGAGAAAGAAGAACGGUGCCGUUCAGUCAUUCUUGAUCAUUCACUUCACCUCAGCCUUGUACUAACUUGUAGAUACAAAUACCACCUCGUUGUUUAGAAGAUUGCAGAAGAGCUUUCGACCUUUGAUUAAUAUAUCACACACAACACCAAAUUAGAGAAAGAAGAAACGAUAGACAAUAUGGCGUUCAACAACAGAAAGUUUUCUAUGAAUAGGUCCACUGGAGCUCCAAGAUUGUCGUCCAAACCAAACAGAAGAUUCUCUACACAUGAUCCUUCUGCCAAUGAAAUGGACUCCAAGAUUCACAAGCAAUUCCGCAAUGCCCACGAAGGCCACAAAACUCACGCAGGACUCGAUCCAACCCGUGCCUCUACUGGUGUAGUCUGGUGUACCGAAAGAGCCUAUGAGCAUGGAUUUGCUGAGGAGCCUGAGAAAUGGGCGAACCUUGGACAGGGAGCUCCUGAAGUCGAUGACGAAAUCGCUGGCAGUUUCAAGCGUCCCGAGACCAUCGAUAUUACAAUGGCAGGCAGAGAGUACGGACCUACAGCUGGUAUCAAGAGUUUGAGAGCUGCUGUUGCAAACUUGUAUAAUGUUCAUCACAGAGAGGGCAAAGAAAGUCAAUAUACUUGGGAGAAUGUGUGCAUUGUUCCAGGUGGUCGUGCUGGAUUGAUCAGAAUUGCUGCAGUAUUGAAUAAUGCAUACUUGGGCUUCUUCAUUCCUGAUUAUACUGCAUACAACGAGAUGUUGUCAUUAUUCAAGAAUUUUGCGGCAAUUCCAUCCCCUCUCUCUGGAGAAGAUGGGUACCACAUCCACCCUAACAAAAUUGAGGAGGAGAUUUCUCGUGGUACCUCAGUCAUCUUGACUUCAAAUCCUAGAAAUCCUACCGGAAAGGUUGUCAAGAACCCUGAACUUGCUGAAAUUCAAGAUAUCUGCAGAGACAGAGCCACUCUCAUUAUGGAUGAGUUCUAUGGAGGCUAUAACUACACCAGUGAUUGCGAUGGUACCACAAUCAGUGCCGCUGAGAAUGUUGGAAAUGUUGAUGAAGAUGAUGUUUUGAUCAUUGAUGGUCUCACCAAGCGCUUCAGAUUACCUGGAUGGAGAAUUGCGUGGAUUGUUGGACCAAAGGAAUUUAUCAAAGCCAUUGGCUCAUGUGGUUCAUACCUUGACGGUGGUGCCAAUGUUCCUUUCCAAGAGGCUGCUAUUCCUAUGCUUGAGCCUAACAAGGUUAGGGAGGAAAUGAAGGCUCUGCAAAGUCAUUUCCGUGACAAGCGUGAUUAUGUUAUCAGCCGUCUUCGUGAAAUGGGUUUCAAGGUCAAGGAAGUACCUGACAGUACCUUCUACUUGUGGUUGGAUCUCGAAGGACUCCCGGCUGCAAUUUCCGAUGGCCUUAACUUCUUCCAAGCAUGUCUCGAGGAGCGUGUCAUUGUCGUCCCAGGUAUCUUUUUCGACUUGAACCCAAGUAAGAGAAGAGAUCUGUUUGAUAGUCCUUGUCACCACUUUGUUAGAUUCUCCUACGGUCCAACGAUGGAAACUUUGAAAAUGGGAUUGGAUGGCAUUGAGAGAGUAGUUAAUAAAUUUACAAAGCCAGGAGAACCAUUAGAGCAGGCGAUAGAAGAUGAUGAAGAAUAGAGAAUUAUGAAAGCUUUUACAUACGAAGAGAUGAUAGACAGCAAGUUAUAGCGGCAUGCCUGACUUUAAGCACGAUGGAUGGUUUCGUUGAAACGAUAGCAUUUGGAAAUACAGAAUAUAUAUGAUAAAUAGAACACACAAUGUACUUGAACAAAGAUAUUCACAACUAUUGCACUCUCAACUAUCUCUUGCGUCAGGACUAGAAAUAGGGGUUGUAUUAUAACAGUCAAGUUUCUGCUUAUGCAGAACACAUCUGAA